AUGAACGUUCUAAAAAUUCGAGGUCUCGUGGCAAACAUAACCGCCUCAGUUGAUCUAUACGAAUCAUCUGGGUCCGAAGAGUUCCUAGUAAACGCUCGUGAAGAUACGACUCGACUGGCGCGUGCACUAGAGAAUCCCCGGGAUGCCAUCGUCAAGUUAUUUUUCGCUCCAACAGUCUUGGUAAUUGCUAAUGUUGCUCAUGACAUGAGGAUCUUCACCAUACUCUCACGAGCGACCGUCCCUGUAUCUUUGGCAGAUCUGGCGGCCGCGAAACCUGCCGAUCCGCUAUUAGUUGAACGCAUAAUGAGACAUCUAGUUGCCAAUGGCUUUGCGGAAGAGCCUGUGCAGCGUGAAUAUCUACCCACAGCUCUUUCUAAGGAAAUGGUUCAAAUAGGCUCUCUCGCUAUAGUGGAAUCGCUCGCUAUAGACUUUCUCCCCUGUAUCCAAAAGCUCCCCGAAUAUCUCAAAUCUAUCAACUACUGCAACCCAGACGACCCGCUCCAUUCGCCGGUCCAGUACAGUCAUAAUUUGACUAUUGAUACUUUUACCUGGCUCGGUCAAAACCCUGACACCCUGAGACGUUUUAACAGCUUCAUGGAAGGGUACCGCGGAAAUCGCCCACAUUGGAGUGACUGGUUCCCCGUCCGUGAGCGUAUUCUUGAUUCCCAGGUACUGGCUCAGAAUGAACCGCUUUUGGUAGAUAUCGGUGCUGGAAGAGGCUAUAAUCUUAUAAAAUUCCGGAGCCGGUUCCCAGAUGUCCCUGGAAGACUAAUUUUGCAAGAUUUGCCUACCGUGAUCGAUGAGAUUCAGGGAGCGUACGAUUUGAAAGCCGCGGGAGUCGAGACCAUUGCCUUCAAUUUUUUUGCAGAUAUUCAACCGGUCCAAGAUGCGCGAGUGUACUACUUGAAAUCCGUACUGCAUGAUUGGUCCGACGCAAAGGCCGCCUUUAUAUUGAAUAAUAUCAAGCAUGCAAUGAAGCCCGGAUACUCUAAACUGAUCAUUGAAGAGUUUAUUUUACCAGAGAAAAAUGCCCCGUCACUUGCUUGCAUGACUGAUCUAGCGGUCAUGCUAUUUUCUUCGGGCUUGGAGCGAAACCGUCAACGCUGGACUGAUCUUAUGACGUUGACUGGCCUGAAAAUUCUGCAGUUUUGGGUUCCCAGAGGCGAUGGAAUGGGAAUUAUCGAGGCGGAAGUUCCUCUGUUUGACGAGUAA